UAUAGCCAGCAAUCUGGAAUAGAAUAGUAAAUAGAAAAAGAGGCAUUGAGGAAAGAGUGAGAGAAUAGAGGUUGGGUAUUCCUCCCAAGCAGUAGUGCAAAGUGAAUUUAGCAAUUGGAUAAACUUCAGACGACAUUAGUUUGCCCCAGUCAAUCACAGUCAAUCGCGCUCGAAACUAUGUGAGCACGAGCAUGAUUCCUCUGGACACUAUCAUUCUUUAUCAUUUCAUUUUAUUUGGUGAUUCUAGUUAAUCUAUUUUGCUGCUGAUAUCGUGGUGGGGGUUCCCAGGAAGGUGUUGUUUCUUUUUGUUUUCACUUUCACUGAGUGUUUUUAUUUUUUGCAAUUAGAAUCGAGAUUAUUUUGAGGGGGAUUUAUUCAUGAUAAAAAUAGUCCAGUAUGGUUGGGACGAGGACAUUGUUGGUUUUGGGGAUUUACUUGUUUUUGAGCUGUGCAACAAGUGAUGAGACUGGGAAUGGAAGUGUUGGGAAUCGUGAUGCUGGUCUACCUGAUACCGGAAAACGGAAGAGUCUCAUCCCAAACGAACCGAGUGAAUCACUGAAGACAGUGGCCGAGGGUGUGAAGGUCUCAUCAGACGAAUUAAUCACGAGCCUAAAUGGAAAAUUACCGGUUGAACGUGAGGCGGCGCCGUCUGUCCACCCCCGGAAGGGAGUUAAGAGCCCCAUUUCAGCAAGAAAGGGCGUGGAAUCAGUUUAUCCUACUGAAGAACCCGACAUCCCUGUUAGUAUCCCAGAUGCCAAGACAAUUAUGCUUGAGGAGCCAAAAGACAUUCAAAAUAAGACAUCAACGAGUUCAACAACUGAGAGAACACCAUACGACAUUGACUUGAUGAAAUCAAUUGAUACAAAUGAAACUAAAAUUAUUAAGCCAACUGAAAAAGCAAAAAUAAACAAAAAAUUCAAGCCUAAGCCGACGGUGACGAUAGCCGGAGCUAGUGAUGUUCAAAAUGUUAAACCUAGUCUCGGAGUUCCCACAAAAAUUCCACCACUCGGAAUGUCGUCGAAGAUCGAUUACGUAGUGCCUGUCAUAAUAACAAUAUUAGUGUUACCACUGUUCGUUCUAUUUGUGAUAUUUUUGUACAGAAAUGGUAGAGAGUGCUGGGAGAAGAGGCACUACAGAAGAAUGGACUUUCUCAUUGAUGGAAUGUAUAAUGAAUAAUUUUAUUUCUAAUUAUUCUCAUUUAUUAUGUGCAUUAUGCAUAGAGCAUUUUUUAAUCGUAUUGUCAAUUGUUUUUUUUAUAAAUAUCUUACAUCAGAUUUUGAAUCUCGUGGUUGUUGACGAGAAAGCAUUUAUCAUGACAAUUAACAUAAUUGAUAAUGGAUUCAGUAGUGAAGUUGUCAGGGAAGAUAAUUCAAUUUUGGGUGGGAGAGGUUUGGAGGAAUUUAUGAAGAGAUCUUUUCUAUAAUUUAUAAAAUUCUCUUUUCGAUAUUCUUUAUUAAAUAUAUUUAUGAAAUUGUUGACCUCAUCUGCGAUUUUCGAGAGUUCUAAUAGGUUUAUUCUUCAGAAAUUUCUGUCAAGAGAUUGUUUUUUUUUAUAGAAAAGUUCAUAGAAUAUCGAAUAGAUUUUUCUUAAUUUUCUCGUAGCCCAAUAGUUACGAAUAUAUUACCAGAAUAGUCCACCCAAAAUUUUUCGACUUCUCUCCCUUUGCUACAACUUUAUAGAAUUAGAUUAUAAAUAAAUAAUGCCAACGAUAUUUUUAAAUAAAUAUUUAGAUAGUCACAGUUAUUACUGGAUUGAGUAAAUAUUAUAUUUUUGAAAACUAUUUUGUUUUGAAGAAUAUAAAAAUAAAGAUAUUACUAGAAA